AUGGCAUUGAAGCUUAUGGAAUUGGCCGGAUUAAGUGUCGCACAAGCCAUCACAAGAGUUUAUGAUAAUUCAAAGUAUCCUCGUGCAUUAAUCUGUUGUGGACCGGGAAAUAACGGUGGUGAUGGUCUUGUAGCUGCGCGUCAUUUGUUUCAUUUUGGUUAUAAACCAAAUAUUUAUUAUCCUAAACCAACCAAAAAAGAAUUAUACGAGAGAUUAGUAAUCCAAUGUCAAAACCUUAAAAUUCCGAUCACGGCGGAAUUAUCUGACUCGACAUUCAACGAUAAUGAUUUGAUAAUUGAUGCUAUAUUUGGAUUUAGUUUUUCCGGUGAAGUCAGACAACCUUUUGAUCAAGUCAUUCAGAGAUUGAAGGGAACAAAGCUUCCCAUUGUGUCAGUUGAUAUUCCAUCGGCAUGGGAUGUAGAAAAAGGAAACAUUGAUAAUCGUGGGUUUACACCAUCAAUGUUGAUUUCUUUAACGGCACCAAAAUUAUGUGCAAAGCAUUUUAAUGGUAAACACUUUCUUGGUGGCAGAUUUGUUCCUCCAGAAUUAGAAAGAAAAUUUGAAUUAAAUCUUCCGUCUUAUCCUGGUACGGAUCAAGUUGUAGACAUUACUAAUGCACCAAAUGAAAAAUUAUAG